ACAUCAGGCUCAGCUGCUCCCUCCAGAUGUGACCACAGAGCUAGUCUGGCAAGGAGCAAGCAAAGCCUGACACACAGAGCCAAGGUCCUCAGGAAACCAAGUAAACAGCAGACACAGGCUUUCCAGCCCUGCAUCCCUAAAGCAGUCAGAAGAGGCUGUGUAGUCAACAGUCACCAAGCCCCUCCCUCUGCAGGACAUGCUGCACUGGCGCCCCCUGCUGUUGGUCCUGGUGCAGCUGCUCUACUGAGGUCAGCUCAGCCUCAAGAAUGCACCAAGGGCAAGGUCAGCACCUGCCAGGACUGCAUCCAGUCGGGGCCCAGCUGUGCCUGGUGUCAGAAGCUGAACUUCACAGGACAAUGGAAGUCUGACUCCAUUCGCUGCGACACCCGGGAGCAGCUGCUGAAGAAAGGCUGUGAGGCUGGUGACAUAGUGGACCCCAGGAGCCUGGCUGAACCUAAAGAGGACUGGCAGAGGGACCAGAAGCAGCUGUCCCCACAAAAUGUAACACUUCACCUGCGACCAGAGCAGGCAGCUGCAUUCAAUGUGACCUUCCGGCGGACCCAGGGCUACCCCAUUGACGUGUACUUCCUGAUGGCCCUUUCGGACCCCAUGCGCAGCAACAAGAUGCUGGGUGACCACCUGCUCCAGGCCCUCAAUGAGAUCACCGAGUUCAACCACAUCGGCUUUGGGUACAUCAUGAACAAGACCUUCCAGCACGUGCUGAAGCUGACUGACAACGCCAAGCAGUUUCAGUUGGAGAUCAGAAAGUAUCUGAUUUCCAGAAACCUGAACACCCCUGAGAGUGAGCUGGAUGUCAUGAUGCAAGUUGCCACAUGCCUGGAAGAAAUUGGCUGGCGUGACCAUGUCAUGCGGCUGCUGGUGCUUGCCACUGACAACAGCUUCCACUUUGCCAGCAAUAGGCAACUGAGCACAAGCGUGACCCCCAGUGACAGCCACUGCUACCUGAAGGACAACAUGUACAAGAGCAGCCGUGGAUUUGAUUACCAGUCAGUGAGCCAGCUGGCACACAGACUGGAUGAAAACAACAUUCAACCCAUCUUCAUGGUGACCAAGGGGAUGGCGAAAACCUAUGAGAAACUCACAGAGAUCAUCUCCAAGUCAGCUGUGGGAGAGCUGUCUGAGGACUCCAGCAACAUGGCAGAGCUCAUCAAGAAUGCCUACAAUAAACUGUCCUCCAGAGUCCUCCUGGACCACAGCACCCUCCCAGACACCCUGAAAGUCACCUACGACUCUUUCUGCAGUAAUGGAGUGUCACUCAUGAACCAGCCCAGAGGGGACUGCAAUGGCGUGCAGAUCAAUGUGUCGAUCACCUUCCAGGUGAAGGUCACAGCCACAGAGUGCAUCCAGGAGCAGUCCUUUGUCAUCCGUGCACUGGGUUUCACUGACACAGUGACCUUGCGAGUCCUUCCCCAGUGUGAGUGCCAGUGCCGGGAUCAGAAGCAGGACCACAGCCUCUGCAGAGGCAAAGGCUCUGUGGAAUGUGGCAUUUGCAGGUGCGAUGCAGGCUACAUUGGGAAAAACUGUGAGUGCCAGACACAGGGCCGGAGCAGCCAGGAGCUGGAGGGAAGGUGCCGGAAGGACAACAGAUCCAUUAUGUGCUCGGGGCUGGGGGACUGCAUCUGUGGGCAGUGCGUGUGCCAUGCCAGUGACGUCCCCAACAAGCAGAUCUUUGGGCGCUACUGUGAAUGCGACAAUGUCAACUGUGAGCGCUAUGAUGGCCAAGUCUGUGGUGGCCCACAAAGGGGCAGCUGCUUCUGUGGCCAGUGCUACUGCAUGGAGGGCUACGAGGGCUCGGCCUGCCACUGCCAGAGGUCCACCACGGGCUGUCUGAACUCACGGCAGGUGGAAUGCAGUGGCCGAGGCCAGUGCCACUGCAACAGAUGUGAGUGUGACGCUGGCUACCAGCUGCCCCUGUGCGAGGACUGCCCCAGCUGCCCCUCACCCUGCAGAUCCAUCCACACCAUGCACCCUGGCAUGGCCGUUUUCAACAACGGCCCCUUUAAGAAGAGCUGCAGCACCAUGUGUGAAAAUGUGACACUGCAAGAUGUACCUGUGAAGGGCAGGAACUGCAAGGAGCAGGACUCACAGGGCUGCUGGAUGACCUACACCAUGCGGCAGCGGGAUGGGAGGGACACCUAUGACCUCUACGUGGAGGAGAGCCUAGAGUGUGUGCCAGGCCCCAACACCACUGCCACGAUAGUGGGCAUUAUGGUGGGAGUCCAGCUGUUGGGUCUCCUCCUGCUGGUCACCUGGAAGGUUCUGACCCUCUGCAAGAAGGGAAAAGCACAAGCUCCAGAAUAACAGAGAUAACCCCCAUUUCAAGAGUGCCACCACCAUGGUCAUGAACCCUAAAUUUGCUGAGAGAUACAGCAUCCAAUGAUGAGGAUGCUGCCAGGUCUGGCUACAAGGAACCCCACACACCCCGCCACUGUGAUAGGCUUACAACUCACAAAAAGAAACCCCUCUGCUUCUAUCUGCCUUCAAAAUGACAGAGCUGGCUGGGCUUUACACAGACUUAUCUUCAGGCACAGCCUCCACUUAUCUGUGCUGUCCUUCCAUGGACCCGAGAAAGGGACUUCCUAAGUCUAGGAAGUCAGAGACCUGUCUUCUGGUACAGUUAGCAGGGCAUUCUCAUUAAAGGUGGUGCCAACUUAUUUAUAUUUAAACUUGCAUGAUAUAAAACUAUAUCCCAUUGAUUAUACCGUUAACCAAUCAUGUAUAUAGAAAAAAUAAUAAAUCUUCCAUACAGGCUUUUUGGGAGCCAGGCUCUGUGGCCACCGUGCAUCCCACCAAGGACACAUGCAAUGUACCAACAGCCCAGUCCAGCACCCCUGCCUUCCAUAGCUCUGCACAGCUCACCAGUGUAGUGGUCUGUGUAAUAGUAAUCAGUCAGAAAACUUGAGAGAAUUUCUUCAAUCCCUCCCCAAGAACAUGUGACAGAGAAAUGGAGUCGUUGAAUCAAGGGCCCAGAUGUCAGCCACCUCCUGCUUUCCAACCAUUCAUUCAAUAAAAAUAGAAUGAACACCUCUUGUAUGUUAGGAGCUGUCCUCACAGCCAUGCACAAAACGGCAAUAUACAAGACAAACUUUUAGGGGCCCUGAUAAAGUCUGUUUUCUGGGGGCAGACAGAUGAUCAUUUAGAGAAGGAGUGACUCUACAAUCCUCAUUCUAAAGUCAUUUAGACAGCUAACAAAUACUGUCAGAACACUAGAGCACGUGAAGAAUGGAGGAGGCAUGGUAGACGCAGAGGUCCUGCUUGAGGAGGUGCACGGAAGCACAGGCCUGAAUGAACCAAAGGGGAAAAACCAUGUGUGUCAGGGGAAGGAGCGAGAAUGUGAAGGAAGGGCUACUGCCCUG